CUCGUUGUUUCAAUGUCAUAAUGGACAGGUUGCAUUCCUCCAUGCGUAAAAGGCUCUACAGCUUGCCACAGCACAUUGGACAGAAAGCUUCGAUCAUGGGUGAUGAGGAAGACGGCGACAAGGACACCCGGAGGAAGAGCAUCAGGAUGAAGCCCCUGCCUUCACCGACCUCUGGGGGAAGCUUCAAAGGCAUCGGGGAGACCAAAAGCGGAGAGUCGGUGAUCAUGGAAACGGACAUCGGGAGACCCGUAAAGACCAGCUCAAACGGGGAUUGCAGGAGGUUCCGGGGCAGCCUGUCGUCUAUCACCAGUCGGCAUGUCCACGACUCAGACUCGGCGGAGGAGAGGCGCCUCAUCACGGAAGGAGAUGUCACCCCAAGUGAGGAGAGUCCCCCUGGAGCGAUUGGUGGCGGAGCGGAUCAAGGUGCGCAAGGCUGUGGAGCUGGAAGCACAAGCGGCGUAGCCCAGCACGGCUCCCCCGACCAGCAGUCGGGGUUCAUAAAGUUGGAUUGUAUGGACCAAAUUUUACCAGAUGACGAAAGAUAUUAUCAAGCGGGGUUCAUGCACAGACAGUUUGGGGCAAUGCUGCAACCUGGGGUCAACAAGUUCUCUCUACGGAUGUUUGGGAGUGAAAAGGCUGUGGAGAGGGAACAGGAGCGGGUUAAGUCCGCCGGAUUUUGGAUAAUUCAUCCAUACAGUGAUUUCAGGUUCUACUGGGACCUCACCAUGCUCCUGCUUAUGGUGGGCAAUCUGAUUAUCAUCCCCGUUGGCAUCACCUUCUUCAAGGAUGAGCACACGCCGCCCUGGAUCGUCUUCAACGUUGUUUCCGACACGUUCUUCCUCAUGGACCUGGUGCUCAACUUCCGCACGGGCAUCGUCAAAGAGGACAACACGGAGAUCAUCCUGGACCCGCAGCAGAUCAAGAUCAAGUACCUGCGCAGUUGGUUCGUGGUGGACUUCAUCUCCUCCAUCCCCGUCGACUACAUCUUCCUCAUUGUGGAGACGCGCAUCGACUCAGACUUCUACAAGACGGCACGCGCGCUUCGCAUCGUCCGCUUCACCAAGAUCCUCAGCUUGCUCCGGCUGCUGAGGCUGUCCCGCCUCAUACGCUACAUCCACCAAUGGGAGGAGAUCUUCCACAUGACGUAUGACCUGGCGAGUGCCAUGGUGCGCAUCGUCAACCUGAUCGGCAUGAUGCUGUUGCUGUGCCACUGGGAUGGAUGCCUCCAGUUUCUGGUGCCCAUGCUGCAGGACUUCCCCGCCGACUGCUGGGUCUCCAAAAACAAGAUGGUGAAUGACACGUGGGGCCAGCAGUACUCGUACGCACUCUUCAAAGCCAUGAGCCACAUGCUGUGCAUUGGGUACGGCAUGUACCCGCCGGUGGGCAUGACGGACGUGUGGCUGACCAUCCUCAGCAUGAUCGUGGGCGCCACCUGCUACGCCAUGUUUGUGGGCCACGCCACCGCUCUCAUCCAGUCCCUGGACUCUUCACGCAGGCAGUACCAGGAGAAGUACAAGCAGGUGGAACAGUACAUGUCCUUCCACAAGCUUCCGGCGGACAUGAGACAGCGUAUCCAUGACUACUACGAGCAUCGCUACCAGGGCAAGAUGUUUGACGAGGAGAGCAUCCUAGGGGAACUGAACGAGCCACUGAGAGAGGAGAUCAUCAAUUUCAACUGUCGGAAGUUGGUGGCCUCGAUGCCUCUGUUUGCCAACGCGGAUCCCAACUUUGUGACCUCCAUGCUGACCAAACUGCGCUUCGAGGUCUUCCAGCCGGGCGAUUACAUCAUCCGCGAGGGCACCAUCGGCAAGAAGAUGUACUUCAUCCAGCACGGGGUGGUCAGCGUGCUCACCAAGGGCAACAAGGAGACUAAACUUUCGGACGGAUCCUACUUUGGAGAGAUCUGUUUGCUGACGCGUGGCCGUAGGACAGCGAGUGUGCGAGCGGAUACGUACUGCAGGCUGUACUCGUUAUCGGUGGACAACUUCAACGAGGUGCUGGAGGAGUAUCCCAUGAUGAGGAGAGCCUUUGAGACGGUAGCACUGGACCGGCUGGACCGCAUCGGCAAGAAAAACUCUGUCCUUCAGCACAAGGUGCAGCACGACCUCAGCUCGGGCGCCUUCAACUAUCAUGAGAACGAGAUCAUCCAGCAGAUCGUGCAGCACGACCGCGACAUGGCCCACUGCGCCCACCUCAUGCAGGGCACUUCCGGCAUCGGCGCCGCCUCCGCCAACCCCCCGUCCCCGACGCCGGUCAUCUGGGCGCCGCUCAUCCAGGCUCCCCUGCAGGCGGCGGCAGCUACUACGUCAGUGGCGCUGGCACUGACGCACCACCCGCACCUCCCCGGCGCCCUGUUCCGGCCUCCGCCGCUGUCCGUGCUGGGCUCGGCCAAGGAGCAGUCGGCCCGCUUCAAGCGGCUGCACACCAUGGUGCCCACCGCGUCCAUCACCUCAGCCUCGGGGACGGGCAACUCGCCGGGGAACUCGCCGUGCGGCACCCCGCCGCCGAGGACGCCAGCAGCAGCAGCGCCGCCGCCGCCGCCGCACCCUUCUGGCGCCGACACGCCGCUGCUGGCCACCUUCCGGGCGCAUCACAUGACCUCGGGGCCGGGGCCGGACAUCGGCGCGUCGGGAGGAGUCGGUGUUGGUGGUGUGGUUGAAGCCUCAGGUGCAGCAUCAGGGGCAUCAGGACAGCAGGGGUCAUCUUCCAGCACCACCCAGACGGUCCACGAUGCCCACGGGGGGUCAUCCAGUGUGGGCUCGGGUGGCAGCAGUGGCGUUGGUGGCGGGGCCUCAUGCAGAGGCUACUCGGGGGCUUCGGCGUUCCCCUUUGGACCCUUCUCCUCGUCUGGAUCUCCGUCGUCCAGCACUGCUCAGCUCCACCAUCCCCCACCCUGCCAGCAGCAGCCGCAGCCGCGGCCAGCCCCCAGCAGCACCCCUCCGCUCAGCACAGGCCUCUUCCAGCAGGCGGGGGCCACAGGCGGUGCGGUCGGGGGAGUGGGGGUCAGGCUGGGCGUGGGCACGGGGGUCGGGGAAGCAGUCGGUGGGGCGAUGGGUGCGUCUUCCAGUUCACACUUUGGGGGUGGCGGUGGGUCCACAGGUGUGGUAUCAACAGGUAUGGGAGCGACAGGUGGAGGUGCUUUUGUAUCCUGCUCAUCUAAGGGCAGCCCCCUGUCGUCCGGCUCGUCCAGUCACCCCUCCAGUAGCGGGGGCAGCAGCAGCAGUGUCCUCAUCACCCACCACUCAUCCACGGCCAUGACCCCAACUCCAACUCCACCCAAACCUGCACAGAUAGGCUAUAAGCAACAGCAGCCACAGCAACAGCAGCAGCAGCCACAGCCGUUUCAGCAGCCGCAGCAGCAGCAUUUCUCAGGUGGAUGCAGGACUUCCAGCGGCCUCAACCUCUACCACACGCCAUCCCCCGGUUCGCCCUCCUCGGGGGGGAGUCAGGGAGGUGCCGGGGGCGGCGCUGCCGCUGCUGAUGGCUCUCCACACUCCUCCUCCUCCACCUCCUCCCUGAGGCUUACUCAUCAGCACAGCCUGGGCUCCUCCACCACCAUCACCCCGCAGUCGUCAUCGUCCGCCCUGCCGAUGGGCUUUCUGCCGCUGUGCGAGCGCUCGGCGCUGGCCGCGCUGGCCCAGUACGGCUCGGCCAACGCUUCGCCCUGCCUGACGCCGCUGGCGCCCAGCCCCACCGGCCAGAGCCCCAUCACGGGACGGACUUUCCACUUCAGCGACCCGUCCAGCGCGCACGGCUCCCGCACGUCGCUCUUCACGCCGCCACUGCCGCCGUGCCCGGGGCCCCUGCCCGGGGGGCACUCGGUGGCGGCGGGGACGGUGGGCACGGUCGGCAUGGCAACGGCAUCAGUGGCGGGGGCUGGGGCAGGGCUGGUGGCAGCCGUGGCGGCCGGCAGGGAGUCUCCGCUGAGCCGCUUCUCGGAGGAGGUGAGACUGCUGUCGGGGCUCUCCUCACUGGGUCGGAGGUGCCGCUGGGUCCAGAGGUGCGGUGACCCAGGUUCCACCGCCUCUGGCGGUGACCACACGGUCUUCGCGUUCCACCCUCCUGCUGAGUUCUGA